CUCCUCCAGUCCAGUUGAGAAGAGUGACUCGCUUGUCGGCUGGUCUGUCUCUGAAAUUUGAGCGGCAACAUCCUUGAUCCUCUCUCAUAAAAAUGCUCACCGUAAACCUAGUGCCGGCAACGAUUUUGCCGACAUCGGUCUUUGGUACAAUAGUACACGAGGUGAGCGGUGAUCUGAGGCUGUGAGCUCAAAAUUCCGAUCCUUUCUUCUGUUCAAGGGCUUCUGCUCGCCUCUCUGUCGCAGCACAGCGGAACGCCGCGGGACGCGACGGCGAUGGCUGCUCGUCUGUUGAACCGAUCGAAAACCCUAACCCUAGCUCGCCUCCUCCAUUCCCCCUCCCCGAUCUCUUCCUCGCUGCCUCUCCGCCCUCCCGGCCGCGGCCGUGUCUCGCCCAGCUCCGCCGCCGCGGCAGGGCCCCUCAGUCCCCAUCUCCUUUCCUCCUCCCCUGUGCUCGAUUCGCAUCGAAAUGUCCGCCACAACGCGCUUGUCUGCACCCUUGGGUCCGGAAAGAUUGUAGAAGGGUCAGACCAUCCUAGCUGUUCGACUUCUGACAUCAUUAGGAUGAUCAAGGGUGUAUCGAGGGCUGAAGUUUUGUUUGGAGAACCCUUCGGAUGGCAUAUGAUCAACAGAAAUCCUAGAAAUCUUCUUGCUAAACAGUUUGGAAAGUAUUCAGUAAUUCCUUGUUCAGUUAGAAGCUCUGCAGCCAGAUAUUCUACAAAAGGAUCAGAAGAAACAACAAAAGAGGAGAUGAGAAAAGACAUAUCCACGGUUGAAGAUCCAUUUGAUGCUCCUACAUACAAUAUUCCAGAAAAGCCGGUGACAUUUGCAGAGGGUGCUUCAUAUAGUGUUAUAAUACUUGCAGGGCUGGGUCUUGCAGCCUUGGCUGUAUAUGCCGUUUUUAAAGAGUUAAUCUUUGAGCCAAAAGAGUACAAGAUUUUUGGAAAGGCUCUUCAAAGGGUUCAGAAUGAUAAUCAGGUUACCGUGAGAAUUGGUUCCCCUGUUAGUGGCUAUGGCCAGGAAACCAGAAACCGUGCUGCUCGCCAACGUAUUCCCAAUAGGGUUUGGACUGAUGAAGAUGGAGUUGAACAUGUAGAGGUCAACUUUUAUAUUCGCGGACCACAUGGAUAUGGAAAGGUGUACGCUGAAAUGUUCAGAGAUCUUGCUGAUAAGAAGUGGAAGUUCACAUAUCUGAUUGUUGAGAUUAAGUCACCAUUGCAUGCACAAUUGAUGCUAGAAUCUUAUGUCCCAGCCUAGGUUACAGACUGGCAAGCAAUUGUGACUGCUAUCUUCCCCCUUCAACCUUCACCUUCCCCCCUUCAUAUUUCUGGAUGUUCCUCAGGGAAAUAUGAAGUGGAAUGCGGCUAAAUGUUCCAUAGGGUUCUCAUCUUUGCUACUGUCUGAAGUAGCCUUUUCUUGCACGUUAUAGGCAUGAAUGAGCCAAAUCCCAAGGAAAACUUGAAGGAGAAAAUGGCUCUUUCUUAGGGUUUGGUUCGGGUUUAAUCAAGAUUUGCCAAAUCCAUGUGGAAACAUGAAGUAGAAUAGAGACAGACCCUAAAGAACAAAGAGAUGUAAUUGAAGAUUUUAAGAUUGCUAGUGUUUGCUUAAAAUUCAACGAAGGAAGAAAUGCUAGCACCCUAAUGGUCUCCUUCUCCGGACAAGGAGCAUUUUGGAGUUCUCACUUUGGUUAAUGAACCAAAAUGAGGCACAACUUCCCAAUCGGUGGUUGUCAGCCACCAUUUGCUGCAAUUUUGUGUUUUUUCUUUUCCCUUUUUUUUGGUUAUUUGGGGGGGGGAGGAGCGUAGCUUCUACAAAGGCAACCCAACAACAAUUUAAUAUUUGCGGUGGUGUUGCAAAGUUAGUCAUGGAAUCUUAUGUAAUUUGAUUGAUAACCACCUGAUGUGAUGGUUAAAUGCAUAAUUCAAGUGCUACAAUCUUACCAGAGGGAUCUCUUGGUAUGUAAGGUUAAGCAAUUGACAGUUAUUCCUGCUGCUUGAAUAACUUGAAAGGCAUCAUUUUGUC